AUGGCCCAAGACAUGCUGACGGCCCUGAGAGACGCAUCAACCCACCGCCGCUGGCCCAAGAAAUGGCGAAAGGAACUUCGCGUAGCAAUGGCAGACUGCUCUGUCAUUGGGAAUCGCAUAUACUACCGCGAGAAGCUCUUCAUACCACCCAACGAUCAGGAACUAAAGACCCAGGUUAUUUACCCCUCUGUCUUUAUCAGCCGAGUCUAUUGCCUCCAUGGCACACCCGACAAUGUCAUCUCCGACCGCGGUUCCCAAUUCAUCUCCGAGUUCUGGCGCCAAGUCUCCGACCGCCUAGGAGUUCGACUCCGCCAUUCUUCCGCCUUCCACCCAGAGACAGACGGACAAACGGAACGGAUCAACGCAGGCAUCGAACAAUAUCUGAGAGCAUUCAUGAACUUCCACCAAGACGACUGGGUCGACUGGCUCCCUCUUGCCGAGUUCGCCACGAACAACGUUACAUCUGAGACCACGGGAGUAUCACCAUUCUUCGCUAACUAUGGGUUUCACCCCAAACUCGGCACUGAACCAACCAAGCCACUGCCGCCAAACCAGUCCGCAGCCCAACGACGAGAGUUCCUCAAAGCAAACAACAUCGCCGACCGCUUUGAGCGUAUUAUCACUCAGCUGAAAGCCCUUGCAACCCAAGCCGCCAGACGCUACGAGGAGAACGCCAACCUCAAUCGAGAAGAUGCUCCUCAGUACGCCGAAGGUCAAGAAGUCUACGUAAGCACGAAGAAUAUGAAGACAAACCGGCCGAUGAAGAAAGGAGACGACAAGUGGGCAGGACCAUUCCCAAUUCUGAAAGUCUACCUCGUUCAUGCUUGCUUAAACUCCCGAGGAAUGAAGAUCUUUCCCGUGUUCCACAACUCGCUCCUACGACCGAAACCAGAAGCAAAUGGACGAGUCCUAGAACGCGAUGACGAGACAGGAGAACUAGUCGAAAAAUGGCUAUUUGACGGGCUACUAAAUAGCCGCAGAGACGUUGAUGGCCUACAUUACCUAGUCAAGUGGAAACACUAUGACCCUACCUGGCAACCGCUGACGUCGUACGUCCAGGACUCAGCUACCGGCAAGCUCAAGGAAUCGGAUCACCAGAAAUGGCAGCAUCAGUGGGAGACGCGUGCCGCAGAGACGUAUAAGCAAUCCGAUCCGUCCGUCUUUCCUCAGCCGCGCACCAUAACUGUGACUGCUGUCCCCGGGGCCGAGGACGAGCGGCAGCGGCUGAAGCAGCAGUUCAAAUGGGCCGACUUUCAGCCCACGGGCUUCUACUUGAACCCAAACGCCCCACUGACCGUCUCCGUCUCCGGCGUAAGCGGGGCCGGCCGGAAGCCCGAGAUUCUUGUGGGGACCCCGGCCUUGGUCAAUCCGACGCACCUGAAGGAAGUAUUGCCCACAGGGCUGGACUCCUCCGGACCGCUGGGCAACGGUAACCAUCAGGUUUCCCACCCGCUUGGCGGCAUCAUGUAUAUCCGCUACACCCACGCUGCCGGCCAGAGCGUACCGCGCGUCACCGUCACCUUGGCCCAGGGGGACGCGGCCCAGCCGUUUCCGCUAUACCGCCAAGGCGUGACGACCUUGUCGCUGUGGAAGAAGCUGCUGAGCGUCACCAAGGUGCCUUUCGCCGAGCACACCGGCAAGCGCGUCAUCAUGACCGGACUGGCGGCACACGCCAAGAUUUAUGCCGAUAAAGGGCUGGAUCAGGAUGUGCUAUUAGAUACGUACGGGAGCAUUAUCACCGCCCAGGACGACAUCAGCGCUCUCACCUCCAGCGCCCCCAGCCCUAGAGAUAGACCGAGCUCACUGCGUCCUAUAGUCGUGCAGACCAGGACGGACGCCAACCCAAACUCGUCCAACUUCCGCGCUGCUGUUCCCGCCGGCAACCACAAAUAUAUGUACUGGCAGAAUGUUACACGCCAGUCUUGGAUGAUCUGGCACGAGCUCGGGCACCAUCGCCAACAUAGCUAUACGUGGAGCUGGCGCGACAUGACAGAGGAUACCGUGAAUAUCUACAGUCUCGCUGCCCGCCGCCUCGUCCCCGAGAUUCCUAGCAAGGUUAUUACGCACGGCACCAUCAAAGAGUGGGAAUAUGCCAAGAAAUAUCUCGCCCAAGACCCCAGCAUGAAGGUUUUUGAGUCGGCCGGCCAUUUCGUUCGCCUUGUUUUGUUUGAACAGCUCCGUGUCGUGUUCGGCGACGCCUUCUACCAUCAACUUCACAAAAACUCGCGGGCGGGAGAAAACAAGAAGAGCGAUGCCGAUAAGAAGCACUACUUUAUGACCCAAGCGGCGCAGCUUGCGGAGGAAAACCUGACUGACUACUUUACGAAAUGGGGGCUUAAGCCUGAGCGCCGCACCAUCGACGAGAUGGAGAAACAGCCCGACCCGGUUGAAGACUAUACAAAACGACCCGUCUACGGAGGUGAGAAGGAUGAAGCGAGGCACUUGGAACUUCGGGGGGUUUAA